CGCCGGCGCGAUCAUGUCCCAUCACUGGGGGUACGGCAAGCACAACGGACCUGAGCACUGGCAUAAGGACUUCCCCAUUGCCAAGGGACAGCGCCAGUCCCCUGUUGACAUCAACACUCAUACAGCCAAGUAUGACCCUUCCCUGAAGCCCCUGUCUGUUUCCUAUGAUCAAGCAACUUCUCUGAGGAUCCUCAACAAUGGUCAUUCUUUCAACGUGGAGUUUGAUGACUCUCAGGACAAAGCAGUGAUCAAGGGAGGACCCCUGGAUGGCACUUACAGAUUGAUUCAGUUUCACUUUCACUGGGGUUCACUUGAUGGGCAAGGUUCUGAGCAUACUGUGGAUAAAAAGAAAUAUGCUGCAGAGCUUCACUUGGUUCACUGGAACACAAAAUAUGGGGAUUUUGGGAAAGCUGUGCAGCAACCCGAUGGACUGGCCGUUCUAGGUAUUUUUUUGAAGGUUGGCAGCGCUAAACCAGGCCUUCAGAAAGUUGUUGAUGUGCUGGACUCCAUUAAAACAAAGGGCAAGAGUGCUGACUUCACUAACUUCGAUCCUCGUGGUCUCCUUCCUGAAUCCUUGGAUUAUUGGACCUACCCAGGCUCACUGACCACCCCUCCUCUUCUGGAAUGUGUGACCUGGAUUGUGCUCAAGGAACCCAUCAGCGUCAGCAGCGAGCAGAUGUCGAAAUUCCGUAAACUUAACUUCAAUGGGGAGGGUGAACCUGAAGAACUGAUGGUGGACAACUGGCGCCCGGCUCAGCCACUGAAGAACAGGCAAAUCAAAGCUUCCUUCAAAUAAGAUGGUCCCAUAGCCUGUAUCCAAAUAAUGAAUCUUCGGGUGUUUCCCUCUAGCUAAGCACAGAUCUACCUUGGUGAUUUGGACCCUGAUUGCUUUGUGUCUGGUUUUCUAGACGCUUCGUCUCUUACUUGAUAGGCUUACUAAUAAAAUGUGAAGACUAGAUCAAUUGUCAUGCUUGAAACAACUGCUGUGGCUGGUUGGUGCUUUGUUUAUGGUAGUAGUUUUUCUGUAACACAGAAUAUAGGAUAAGAAAUAAGAAUAAAGUACCUUGACUUUGUUCACAGCAUGUAGGGUGAUGAGCACUCAAUUGUUCACUAAAAUGCUGCUUUUAAAACAUAGGAAAGUAGAAUGAUUGAGUGCAAAUCCAUAGCACGUGAUAAAUUGAGCUAGUUAAGGCAAAUCAGGUAAAAUAGUCAUGAUUCUAUGUAAUGUAAACCAGAAAAAAUAAAUGUUCAUGAUUCCAAGAUGUUAUAUUAAAGAAAAACUUUAAAAAUUAUUAUAUAUUUAUAGUAAAGUUAUCUUAAAUAUGAAUUACGUUGUAAUUUAGUGACUUUUGAAUUACAGAGAUGUAAAUGAAGUAUUAUGUGUAAAAAUUGUUAUAAUUAGAGUUG